AUGCAUCAGUUGUUCUGCAAAAUAUGGCUAGAAGAAAGCAUGCCCAACGAUUGGAAUCUGAGCGUCCUUUGUCCUGUGCUGAAGAAAGGCGACCCGACGAUAUGCACCAACUACCGGGGAAUUAACCUGAUUGCCAUCUCAUAUAAGGUCCUAUCGAGCGUAAUAUGUGAACGACUGAAGCCGUAUACCAGCACACUGAUCGGACCUUAUCAGUGCGGCUUCAGACCUGGUAAAUCCACCAUAGACCAGAUCUUCACAUUGCGCCAAAUCCUGAGAAAACCCACGAAAAUGGAAUUGACACACACCAUAUAUUUGUCGAUUACAAAGCUGCAUUCGAUAGCCCGACAAGAGAACGCCUAUAUGCCACCAUGUCUGAGUUCGGUAUUCCAGCAAAGCUGA